UACUGUUUUGGAUUAUUGAUUUUGUAGUUUUUUUGACACAGAACACAUACAUAAAUAUUGUUGAUGAUACUAAUAUUUAUUCAUUGUUUCUAUAGGUACAAAAGGACAGUCACACAGAGACAUUCUUGGUUUGUGGUAGCAGCAUGUUGGCUUGUUGCAAUACCACUGAGUUUUGCACCUAUGCUUGGAUGGUACAAACAAAACCCCUUGCCUGAGUCAGCCAACUCUACAAAUGUCUGCCGGUUUAUAGAUGUGAUCCCCAUGUCAUAUCUCGUCUACUUUAACUUUUUCAUCUGCACACUGAUACCUCUGUUGAUUAUGGCUGUGUUGUACGGCUACAUCUUCAUUACCAUUCAAGGAAACCUUCGAGUGAAACCAGGCAAUGGUGUCCAAACACAGUCUUACAACUACCUGAAGAAAGAGAGGCAGCUAGCAGGAUCUCUGUCUCUGGUCUUGGUCCUGUUUGCCAUGUCCUGGCUCCCGCUCCACAUCAUGAACUGCAUUGCUUACCUUGGUGGGGAGAAUAUUGUACCAAUACCAGCCUUCUAUGUUGGUAUUGUGCUUUCUCAUGCUAACUCGGCUGUAAACCCAGUUGUGUAUGCGUUCAAAAUAAAGAAGAUCAAAACAGCAUACCUGCAGAUCUGGCGGCGCUGUAUUGAAUGUGGAGAAGAAAAUCAAGCCUCCAAGACAAGCCAGACAACAGACAACAAUCUCAGUGUGAACAGAGUGCCUGAAAUUGAGUGA